AAAUAAUCCUUUUAAAAGCCUCAACAGUUUUAUCUCCAACACCUAAAAAAUAAUCCUAAAAGACUCUUUUAACCCCCUUCCCCCUCGCCGAGCAAAAUUUUCCCUCCUCUGCCAUGUCCUCUCUCUUUAGGGCUCGCCGCUCCGACGAGCCCAGAUCCGGCGGUAAGUUGCUCCGCGGGAGGAGAGUAACACCUUCGGCCUCGCCCUACGCGAGGCCCGAGAGCUCGCCGGCGGCGGCCCAAAUGGGAAGCCCUAAGUGGUUAUCCGGCUUGAUUUCAGGCGCUGGCAAGCUCAUCUCCUCUGUUCUCCCCUCGUAUCGUAGCUCGGAGUCUCCUCAUUCGUCUUCUCCUGUUUAUUCUUCUGACGACGAUGAAGAUCUUAGCUCCGGUGACUAUGAAGAUGUGGAAGAUCUUCAAUCACUAAAUCAGGGAGGAACAGAAUUAGUCAGCAAGUGUAUGGACAGGCUUCUGGCUAUAGUCCCCAAAAAUGAAACAAAGCUUGCAAUUGAGCAGCUGCUUAUGCAAGAGAGUUUUUCGAGCAGGGAUGAAUGUGACAAACUAACAAAGCUAAUUCAGUCUCGAGUUGUCGACUUCCCAUCUCCGGAAGUUUGUGGGGAUGGAAGGGAGAAGCUCCGAAGCAGGACUACUGGCAAUGACACUAUAUCUGGAGCUUUACUAUAUAGUGCAAGGACUCUGCCAGAAAGAAUCUCUUAUACUUCAAGUAAAACAAAUCAUUUUUCUCCUGGGCAAUCUAUCUUUGAAGCAUGUACACCUGAUUUAUGCAAUCAAGCUGUUGCAGAAGCAAAAAAGUGGCUAGAGGAGAAAAAGUUAGCAUCAAAACCAAAAUAUGAUUCUGAAUGCGGACCUUGCACUUUGAAUACUGAUAUGCGACAAUAUGAUAUUGAAAGCGAAGCAGGUUCACCUGUGGAUAUGGCAAAAUCAUACAUGAGAUCUCUGCCUCCAUGGAGAUCUCCAGCUUUCAGUGGAAUUGGGUUUAGGACUCCCCCGCCAUAUGGAAUACGCCGUUACCAGGAUGAAGCUUCCUAUAUAACUUCCGACUAUUCUUUGAAUUUAGCUAAGGGUUCAAAAAGGGGCCGCCUUUUUAUUGAUUCUUGGGACACUCUUGAUGAAGCUCGUCGCGUCCGUCUAAAGCCAAUAGAUGAUAAGCUAGAAUGUGGCCUGUCCAAGCAAGCUGAAUCACCUGCAAGAGUGGCCGAGCAUGAAAGAUCGCCUGAUAACAAAGAUGGAGCUUUUAGAUUGGCUGAUGAAAAAGAUACUGGUACAAACCAUCCAUUCGAAACAACCAAUGGUGACACGUUGAACAUUGUCUCGGAGCAAGAACAUAAUAUUGGCGGAGUACAUCCAAACCAUCAUACUCUUCCUCCUGAACCAAUUCAACAUUUAGAUGAAAAUCAGGAUGUGAAACAGCAUUCAAAGGUCGUGGAAGAAGUGAAUAAUAUUCCUGUCCGUCACGAUAGUCAUGCUUCAGCUUCAUUACUAGCGGAACAUGAAGGAAAUCACUCGUCUGAAAUAAAAUUAGCACAGGCAGAAAACAAGCCAUGUGAUGCUGAUGAUGCUGUCAACCUCAAUGACGUUCCUAAUUCCACUGUACAGACAAGUACUGGUGCUGAAGGGAAGGAACUUUCUGAAAGUUCCUCACAACCUAAUGUUUCUAGCAUUGCAGAAACAAAUUCUAUUUCUGAUCAUAAGCCACAAGAUGGUAACUCUCAUGCACUUAAGAAAGAAAAUGGAUCAGCCAAUGAAUUUUCUGCCAAUGGUUCAUCCGCAGAAGCAAAUGCAAACCAAAAUCAUGAAACUGUAAGCUCAGGGUCCGACAAAAUCAUACCACAGAAUGGCACAAGGAUGAAAUCAAUUGAGAGGAUGCUGACUGAGCCCCAGGCGACUACCACCACAACUCGUCGUGGAAAGAAGGUGGCUGUUAAGUCUCGGAGGGGAAGAAGGACUUGAAGUGGCUGGAAAUAGUUUCUUUAACCAGCAAUAAUUGUAUACUAGUUGUGUGAUAUGGAAAAAUCUGCGUAUUGUUAGGUUUAGUUUCUGUCGAUUGAAGAUUUCAUGUGUUUUGUAAAACAAUUUCUUUAGUUUUGUGUUAGCUAGAGCAGAUAGUGAUUGAGAUUUAGGUGGUGUUAAUACGAUUCUACCGGUUACUGUAAUAUGUUAUCUUUGGAGCAUGUAACUUAUACCUGCAGAUUUGUUGUAGACUACAGUGCAGUAGUUCUAACUGGUAGUUUCCACAUAGAUGUAUGCCAACGUUCUUGUCCUUAUUACAUUGUAAUGCAUUUCAACUGAAUAUACACUGAAUCAUUGUUUUGGUUGGA